AAUACAACAAUCACGAAGAAGCCCGAACAACGAUGCACGGUAUAGCCAGGGAAUGAAGAGGCUACUAUGGUAGUCAAGUGUGCGUAAAGAGACUUAUCUUCACGACGGCGGCGACGACGGCGACGACGACCACGACCACGACGUCUUGUUGACCCGCUUUCUUGAGUCCUCCCGAUUGUCAAACGACACCGCGUCAGCAACUAUUACACACACUCGUUUGCCCCGACAGAAUCGCCCAUCAUGCGCUUCGCAAAGCUCUCCCCGCUCACCACCCUCAUCGCCGUCAUCUCCUUGAUCUCCAGCACAGCAUCGGCGGAGCGGCUCCUCGCAUCCACAUCCCUCAGCGAAUGCAUCGACAACUCGAACUUCACAGCCAAGCUUUUCAAUGUCGCCUUCACGCCUGACAACCGCACCAUCGCUUUCGACGUGGACGGCACCUCCUCGCUCACCGGAAACUUCACUCUCGUGGUCGAGGUCGCCGCGUACGGCUAUGUCAUCAUAAAAACCCCCAUCGACCCGUGCAAUACCAAGGAGCUGCUUGGCUUGUGCACGAUGCAGCCCGGCCCGAUGCCCUUCACUACACAUUACACCGUUAGUGAGGAUGUUGUGAAGAAUAUCCCGUUUAUCGCGUACACCGUGCCCGAUCUGGACGCGAUCGUCAAGAUCAACUUUGAGUCGAAGACGAACCCGGGCGUGAUCUCGGCCUGCGUCGAGGCGCAACUAUCGAAUGGUAAAACUGUUCAUCAAAACGGUGUCAGCUGGGCCACUGCUGGUGUUGCUGGUUUGGCUCUCGUGAUAUCGGCUGUGAUUGCGGGAUUGGGUCACUCCAACACCGCUGCGCACAUUGCCGCAUAUGCGCUCUCCCUCUUCGGAUACUUUCAGGCCAUUGCUAUUGUCGGAAUGUCAUCCGUCCCACUCCCGCCAAUGGUUCAGUCGUGGACCCAGAACUUCCAGUGGACCAUGGGUAUCAUCGGUGUGGAAUUCAUGCAGAGUAUUGCAUCGUGGUACCAGAAGUCGACUGGAGGAACGCCAGCUACGAUCCUCAACUCCCUCACGACAACAUCUGUCCACGUCCUGAAGCGCUCACUAACGUUGGCUGCAGAGGCGAACUCCGUCGGCGUUUCCGUCUUAAAGCGAGCAACUAACCAGAAUAUCGCUAACCCCAUUACCCGGACAUAUACUGUCAGGGGCAUUGACCGAGUCGCGUUCCGCGCCAGUAUGGAGGCGACGAAUGUGUUCCUUACUGGUCUCAUGUUCUUCUGCUUCCUCCUUGCUGCCACAACCAUAGGCGUUGUGGCCUUUAAGGGCUUCUGUGAGCUCGCUGUCAAGUCUAAGUGGAUGAAGAGAGACAAGUUCGAGGACUUCCACAAUGGCUGGAAGGUCGUCCUGAAGGGGAUUAUGUACCGCAUGGUCCUUAUUGGAUAUCCCCAGAUGACGAUCCUCUGUCUCUGGGAAUUCACCAAGGCUGAUUCACCUGCUGAGGUCACCCUAGCCGUCAUCUUCUUCUUCGGGAUGACAGGUAUUCUGGCCUGGGCAGCUUCCAAGGUCCUCCUGAUCGGGCGGCGCUCGAAAACGAUGCACAAGAACCCCGCGUACAUGCUCUUCUCUGACCCAAAGUCGCUGAACAGAUGGGGCUUCCUAUACAUCCAGUUCCGCGCAACGGCCUACUACUACAUCAUCCCAACCCUGAUCUACAUCCUCAUUAAAGGCAUGUUCAUUGCGCUUGGCCAGCGCAGCGGCACUGCGCAAGCCAUCGGGCUCCUAAUUAUCGAAGCCGGCGUGCUCGUCGCUGCGAGCGUCUUAAAGCCCUGGAUGGACAAGAGCACUAACACGGUCAACAUUUCGAUCUGCUCCAUUAACCUCUUCAACGCGGUCUGCCUGAUCUUCUUCUCAGACAUCUUCGGCCAGCCCGCGAUCGUUACAGGCGUCAUCGGCGUCGUCUUCUUCGUCGUCAACGCUGCCUUCGCCUUCGUCCUUCUCGUCCUCGUCAUCGUCUCCACCAUCCUCGCCGCUACGCGCAAGAACCCAGACACGCGCUACCAAACCAUGUCCGACGACCGCGCGUCCUUCAUCAAGUCACAAACGGCUCUAUCGACGGAGCUCGACGCCCUCGGUGCCACAGCCCGCGGUGAGAUGAAGGGUGGCUUCAAGCCCGGGCUUGACCUCGAUGACGACUCCUUUGAAUCGGACUCGAUCCGUCACCACCCUGCAAACAUCGGCCUCCCUCCCUCAACGGCGAACUCCUACGAUAAUCCCAACUUCGCGGGCGGCCGUGGGAGCCCAUAUGAUGAGAAGCGCGUUUAUCAGGGCUCGUUUGCGGCGGACUCGAGGCACAAUAGCGAUAUACCCCUCACGGGUAAUACGCGCAUGGGUCCGUCAUCGACGCCACAGUUGAUGGGGAGGGCUGGGGCACGGGGAAGUGGGACGUCACUAGCCUCGAGCCAGGGGUAUAGCCGUGCGAACAAUGCGAGUCCGCUGGGGGGGAUGAGGGAUCAGAAUAACCCGAGUAGUCCGUGGCAGCGCGGCGCUGGGUACGACCAUUAAAUCUUAACUUGUAUAUUAUCGCGACUUUUAUGUGUAGAGAAAUAAAGAAGUAUAUAGCGAGGAUUCUAUAGGCGGCGUUUGUCUUUGAAGGCUCCAUGAUAGCUGUAUUUGAUGUAAAAAAUUGGG